AUGCAGAACCAUUUCCUCUGGGCAGGACUUCUAGGCACUCUCCCCUUCGCCCAGCCCACCCCUUCGCAACUAUGCCGCCGCAUCCCCUCCGACCACGAAUGGCCCUCGCCCGCCGACUGGGACGCCCUCAACACCACGCUCAGCGGCCGUCUAAUUCGCACCGACCCGAUCGGCCACGUCUGCCACGAUCCCACUUACGAUGCCGACGCAUGCCGCUACGUGCAGGACAACUGGGAUAAUGUCGAGUGGCGGACCUCGCUGGCGGAUAAUUUGCUUUCGCCGGCUUUUGCGGGCGAUUCGUGUGAUCCAUUUGCGCCAAGGGCGAUGCCGUGUACGGUUGGGGGGAAUGUGCUGUAUAAUGUUAAUGUGACGACGCCGGCGGAUGUGGCCAGGGGGAUUGAGUUUGCGAGGAGGAGGAAUAUUAGGUUGGUGGUGAAGAAUACGGGGCAUGAUUUCUUGGGAAGAUCAGUCGGCUACGGCGGUCUUGGACUUUGGAUGCACAAUGUCCAAGGCAUGGACCUCAUUCCGCAUUACAAGACCCAUGACUACAGCGGCCCCGCGAUCAAACUCAUGGCCGGCACACAGAGCUACCAGGCUUACGAGUUUGUGAACCGGCACGGGUACAUGAUCGCAGGAGGCGAAUGCGCGACCGUGGGGAUCGCUGGGGGUUUCACCAGCGGUGGCGGCCACGGUCCCGCAAGCAGCUAUCUCGGCCUUGCAGCCGACCAAACGCUAGAGUUCGAAGUCAUCCUCGCCAACGGCACCCUGUUGCGCGCUGCCCGCGACGGCGAGACCGAAGACCUAUACUGGGCUCUCAGCGGCGGCGGGCCAGGCUUCGGCGUCGUCUGGUCCGUGACAUACAAGCUCUUCCGCGACGUGCCCGUGGUCGGCAACGUGAUCUCCUUCAAGGCUGGGAAUCGCACAGAGGCGUACUGGCAAGCCAUCGACACCUGGAACUCGCUCAUCACGGCCAUCGCGGACGUCCAGGGGUUUGCCUAUACCAACAUCGGCCCGGAUGAGUUCAGCAUCACGCCCGUCUUCGUCCCGAACAGCAACCGCCAAGAAAUGGAAACCCUCCUUUCCCCUCUCCACCGCCGCCUCGAAGAGCUGGGUAUCCCCUACGACUCCAACACGACGGAAUUCCGCGGCUUCUACGACGCCUGGCGCGCACUCCUCCCGCAAAAAGGCGCCGGCUACGGCAUCAACCACCUAACAACCCGCCUCCUGCCCCGGCGAGUCUUCACGCAAGACCUCCAGAACUUCGCCAGCGUCGCCCGCUCCAUCGUCGACGAAGGCGGGUACCUUCUCGAAAUGGUCGUCAGCCCCCGCCAUGCAUCCCCAGUCUCAUCCGGUGGACGUGGCCGCUCCGACACCGCGGUCAACGCCGCCUGGCAGUCGUCCGACAUGCUCUUCUACGCAAUCUCCGGGCGCGAGAACAGCACCCAAGCCGACGUCGACGAUCAAGUGACAUACGCCUGGGGCGAUAGAUUACGAGCGCUGGCGCCCGAGUCCGGGUCGUAUAUGAACGAGGCGGAUCCGGAUGAGCCGGAUUUUCGGAGGGCGUUUCAUGGAGAGAAGUAUCCGCGGUUGUUGGGGGUUAAGAGGAGGUAUGAUCCGGAGGGGUUUUUUAUGCGAAGACUGCUGUGGGGAGUGAGGAGUGGGUGGAGAGGGGGGAUGGGAGGCUUCGUAGGGUUGGGUAGGUGA